GCUCAUUUGACAGUAGCGCAACUUUCGGACGACAGUCGUCGCGUAUUCCUGAAUUUAUCGUGGAAGAAGAAUAGUGAAAUUAUUUAGUGAAAAACUGUGUUUUUUGUUUAGUGCGGAUAGGUUCAAUUUCUCAAAGCAAGUCGCUCCACAAGAUCAGUGAUGUGUUUUUUCUGUUAAAUCGAUGUGAGCCGGUAACCUUGGAAAAGUUGGAAAAUAUUGCAAAGAAAUUUUCCACUCUUCAAACCACCUCUAAAUAAAUGUCUGCGGUGUUCACUAGAGAGAGUUAUUUCACGACGGAUAUUGGAUUACAUUGUAUUUCAAAUGGAAGUGAAAUGUCUGAAAAAGUCUGAAAGUUCUUCUUGGGUGGUCGUGCAUCCGUUGAACGAAAGAUCAGGAAGGGAUUAAUUACACCAGAAUAUUCCUCAAAAAAAAAUAAAACAACAAGCAACAACUACACACAAGGGGAUAUCAGAGAAAAGGCAAAGAAAGUAAAAGGAAGAAGGUGCAAAGAAUCCUUACCCCCCAAAAUCUCUCCAGCCUUUUGCCACUCUGUGUGAUAAAUUUGCCAUGCCGGGCAGUCGUUCGUCGAGAUCCAGCAAUAACGAGCCAGAACAUCAGAAAUCACCGAGUGGCGAAGAUUCCGAAGAUGAAAGCGAAAUCUUAGAAGAAAGUCCAUGUGGAAGAUGGCUGAAGCGACGAGAGGAGGUGGAACAGAGAGAUGUUCCCGGUAUCGACUGUGCUCACUUGGCAAUGGACACAGAGGAGGGUGUCGAGGUUGUAUGGAACGAAGUUCAAUUUUCCGAAAGAAAGGAUUUCAAGCUGCAAGAAGAAAAAAUCCAACAAGUUUUCGAGAAUUUAACGCAACUGGAACAUCCAAAUAUAGUCAAGUUUCAUCGGUAUUGGACCGAUACACAUAACGAUAAGCCUAGGGUAAUAUUUAUAACUGAGUACAUGUCCUCCGGGUCACUGAAACAGUUCCUAAAACGGACUAAGAGGAAUGUUAAGAAACUACCACUGCAAGCGUGGAGGCGGUGGUGUACACAAAUAUUAUCAGCUCUAAGUUAUUUGCAUUCCUGUUCGCCGCCAAUUAUACACGGCAACCUUACCUGUGAUACAAUAUUUAUUCAACACAAUGGUCUAGUAAAGAUUGGUAGUGUAGCUCCCGAUGCCAUUCAUCAUCAUGUAAAGACAUGCAGGGAUAAUAUGAAGAAUAUGCACUUUAUUGCACCAGAAUAUGGUGCUGCCCUGACACCUGCCAUAGAUAUUUAUUCAUUUGGUAUGUGUGCAUUGGAAAUGGCCGGCUUGGAAAUACAAGGCAACGGCGAUUCCGGAACACUAGUCACUGAGGAAAUGAUUACACGAACAAUCGAAAGCCUCGAUGAUGCUCAACAAAAGGACUUCAUCCUAAAGUGCCUGAAUAAAGACCCCGCCGAACGAGAUAGUGCUAGGGAAUUAUUAUUUCAUCCACUUUUGUUUGAAGUUCAUUCGCUUAAACUAUUAGCGGCGCAUUGUCUAGUUGAUACAGCACCUAAUUUCUCAGAAACGAUAAUUGACGAAGCAAUGCAAAGAGUGUAUAAACCCGAUAUUAUUCUUGCGGAUAUUCCUCGAGCUAAUGAUCCCGUUGAAGUGAGAUUAGCUGAUGUGCCAUCAGCUGAGAAGCUCGAAAAAUUUGUGGAAGAUGUGAGAUAUGGUAUUUAUCCUUUGACUGCAUUUCCGGCCCGGCAACCUCCGCCACCGCGACCAAGAGCUAUAUCACCAGAACCAACGGAGUCUGUGAAGUCAGUGACGCCAGAACCUGUAGAUGUAGAAACUAGGAAAGUAGUGAAUAUGAUGUGUAGUGUGAAGCCAAGAGAAGACAGCUGUGAUCUAAUGUGUUUUCAGAUGACAAUACUACUCCGGAUGGAUGAUAAAAUGAAUAGACAACUAACAUGCCAAGUCUCUCAAGAUGAUUCAGCGACGCAUCUUUCGGAAGAAUUAGUACAUUUAGGAUUUAUUCACGAGACGGAUAGAGAAAAAAUUGCGUCGCUUAUUGGAGACACAUUGAGCAGCUAUUUCAGUAAACUCAACAGUGCAUUGAUGCAGGGCGUCGAUCCAAACCAUAUGCAAAUGCCUGUCCACUCGGCCAGUAUUGAGCGGAAUUGGACAGUGGCAGACAGCAAUUCGCCAAGUGGAGGUGGCGGCGGCAUUGCGUCCGAUGGCCCAUCUACGCCAACCACCGUCCUGGCGUCCCCGGCCUCCACGAGUACAUCGAUCGCUGCGAAUUUGGAAAUACCUUCCGCUGUGCAGAAGCAGCAUGCAACACAGAACGAGACACCGACGGAGGUGAAUCAACCUCAGCAAGUACCAAACGAUGUGAUGUCAAUGCCAACGAGCAGUGCAGCAGAGACGAAUUAUUCUGCUGAGUGUACAACAACAAUCAGCACCACUAUCGCACAGACAUCAACCACAACAACCAUACCAAUCACAACGACAGCCCCCAUCAAGAACUCACCGCGAGGGGCCGAAUGAUCCACGGUGGGAAGGAGAAAGUCACGAAAUGCCGCUGUGAAUGUCAAGGGGAAAUGACUGCAAAUGAGGAAGAAUUGUCCAUAGACUUUAUUUCGCACAGUAAAAGGUAACAACAAGAAGAAAAAAAACGCCAGCAAGGAGAAAAGAUAUAGAGAGGAAUGAAAUGUGUCUAAAAAUCACCCAUCACAAUCUCUCAGCAGAGAGACACACUUUUGUGCUGGAAAUCAAGACGAAAAACGAUUACAAAGAUCCGAAAGAAAUGAAUGUAAGUUUUUUCCCCACAUACUCUAUAAGCAAAAAAAAAAUGGCAAUUCAGCACAUUUUUUUUAUCUCGCCAUCUCACUUGUGGCUGAUAACAACAUUGUGCUGAAGAUUUCUAAAGUGUACACAUUGCGAAAAAAACUUCGUGGCCUUUCGAUCAUACACACAUGAUGCUAAAUACAGGGUGAUGAAAGUUUUGCAAGUGAGAUCAAAGUUUUGAGCUAAAUUUCGUGACCUUUCCACCUCACAGUCAACCCGUCAGAGAAGCUAGAUAUCAAGUCAGUCAAAUAAGUUUUCUCAAUUACAUUCAAUUUAACUUAAUUGAUCAAUCCAUAUAAAUCUUAUUAGAAACUUGGCAGGAAAUUAUGAAUUGUGGAAUUUCAGUGCGGAAGUGGUAAUUUUUUCUUACUUCAACCAACAUUCUUCAUAUUCCACAAAAGUUUUUUUUUAUAAAUUUCAAAACAGGGUCAGAAAAUGAGUCUUUCAUAGUCAAAAGAAUAAAUUGAUGUGAUCAAGUCAUCAAAAGCAGAUUUUUUUUACUAAUAUUUUUCAUUAUAAACAGAAAAUGAUUAUUCUCCAUCUUAAGAUCUUCCUUUCUGUGUUUUCGCAGAUGUACUUUACUCAUUUGCAAUACUUUUUCUUCACUUUAAUCAGAAAAGAAAACUUAAGAAGCAAGUUACAAUUUCCUGAACUUUACUCCUUCCCAUGAUAUUCGAGUAAAGAUUUAAAAAAAAAAGAUAUCAAAAUUAUAUCCUAAAGGAGUUUAUGCAUUUCUGUGCGAGAAAAAUCAUCAUUCAAGGAAAUAAUCGGGAUCCGUGUAAUCUUGUAGAGAAUCAAAAUUAUAAUGAUUACAAGAUUACGCAUACCCAGAAUGAGAUAUUUUCCCAUAUACCAACACGAAUAAACUCCUUUUGAAAUAAAUAACUUCAAUUUGAAUUAAUUUUAUUACAAAAAUCUAACAAUGCCAGCCUAUAAAGGAAACUUAAAAAUCAAUUUUUCUCAUCUCCACAAAAAUCUUAAAACUGCGGAAGUUCUAACUUUAGCUAUAAUAUAAAAAAAAACAUUAAAUCGGUUUUCUGCUUAUGAACAAAGAAUGGCAUUUUAUGGGUUUUCAAUUAAAAUUAAUUCGAAUCGGAGUUAUUGUCCUCACAGAAAGUUCUAAAACUAAGAGAAAAUUUAAACGAAAACUUUAUUAAAUUCUUUCUAUGGGAUAUGAAAGAGAUUUAGUAAAAGAAGACCUAUCAAAUCUUUAAUAUAGACUACAACGUGGUAUCACUGCACAAUUAUUAAGGUAUUACCUACCUACAAGAAUAGGUAGGUAAGAAAACCUAAAUAAAACUCGAUUAUUGCAAUUUUCAAAAGAGGAGAAUAAAUGUGACAGUCAAAAAAAUCUACCUACGAUUAAAGAGAAAUAAAAAUGCGCUGUGAGCACAAAAAAUGUAUUUUCUAAAAUUUGCUAUAUAUAAUUGAUAAGUUUCAUUUACUUUUGGGAAUGGAAAAAAAAGAAUUUUCCGUUGAAACUUUUCUUUGCUAUCUGUGCCAAACAGACUUGGACAAUGAGAUACGAUUACUUGAAUCAAUUUAUUAAGAAAAAAAUCAUUAGCAGUCUCAUUUUAUUUUAGAUUCAUUUUGAAAAUUUUCUAAUUUUUGUGCAAGAAUCGCUGUUACAUAUAAAAGCAAAAUUUAAUUGUUGCUUUUUGUUAAAAUGUGUUUAGCUGGGAAAACCAUUGGCCAUUACGAUGUUUAAAAAAAAAACACAGAAAUGUGUGAUAGAAUCUUGCGCAAAUCUAUUAAAAAGCUCUACAAGCAAUAAUGAGAUAGGUACGCUUAAAAAAAUAAAAUUCGACCUCUUAAUUGUAGCAAAAAAAAUCCUUAAAAUCUGACUCCAAAUUCAAACGAUUUUAUAUAAUUUUCAUAUUCCUGCUAAACUAUUAUUUCGAUGUUUUGACUCUAUUCUCCUUUCGUGUACAAAGAAAACGUUAAAAAUUCUUCAUUAACUUUUUUUAAAUGCUAUUAAAAUACAAACGCGGGUUGGAAUGCAAUUUAACGUAAAAAUGAAAUGUAUUUAAUCGAAAAAUGAUUUUUGUUUAAAAUAUUAUUCUUCCUUUACCCUUUUUUGCUUAAUUAAAAAUAUAUACCAUAAAAAUACAGGGGGCGGGGCUGUGUAGUUAAUUGGAAAAUGGUAUUAAAUGACAAAAUUGAAUACGUAUAGAAAUCAUCAUUAGAAUGAAACCUGAAUGAGUGAGAAUGUCAAAAAGAGUAUGAAUUUUUGACCAAAAUUUUUCAAUUUAAAUGAAUUACAUUGGGAAAAUGUCUUGAUAAAGAAAAAAAUAUUGUAUAGAAAGCAUUAAGAUCUAGUCUCGCGCCCUAUACAAAAAACACAAAAAAUUAUCCUUUUAAUAAAUUCUGCUGUAGAACUUUUGAAUAAAAAUCCCGACGUUUUCUUUAGCUCCGCAUAUUUCUUUCGCAUCCUUAUCUAAGCAAUGCCAUAAUUUUGCAAAAAAAAUAGUUGCUAUCUUUCUAUUUUCAAUCUUUUCGCUUUCAUCCUGCGCAAUAAAGCGAUUCAAGAAGAAAAACGAGACUUUUAUCCCGAUUUAGACCAUUCAUUAUGAUAAAAUAUAGUAUAAUUUUAAUUUACAAAACAGAGGAAUAUCUUACUUUUAGGUUCAUUGCAUUUUAUUCGAAUAUACUGACUUUGUGAAAAUAAAAAUUAGGAUUAUACACUUAUUUAAAAAAAAAGUAUGUUUUUUCACACUCGACUGAUUAUUUUUUUUUGUUCUGCAAAGUAAACUGAAAUAUACAUUUUUUCUUAAUUUUAAAAUGUAAAUUUUGCACAAAAGCAUCAUUUUUUUUAAAAGAGAAAAGAAAAUUUAAAAUGAAAAAUUCUGCCUGCACAUUAAAUUUAAAAAAAAAAACCUAGUUUAGGUUACUAACUAAUACUUACCUACAUUGAAAAGAAAAAGAAAUUGAACUUCCAUUUUUUUGCAAACAAAAACCAAGCCUUUCUCUGAAAUAGAAGGAAUGUAAAGAAAAAAACUUUGAGUAAAAAUAGCAGGAAAAAUAAAUAGGUGAAAAAUAGAUUGUAUAAUUCUCAAGCCAUUUGUAACUAAUAAAAAAUUGUAAUUAAAAUAAUAGGCAGAAAAUAAUAAAAUAAAAUGUGAAAUAGCGCGUAAUUAGUCCUUACAGUAAUCCUUGUUAAAACACACACAACAGAAGCAAAACAAUUUUUAAAUUAAAUCAAUUUGAGCAAGAAUGAAAUAUAAAAUAUAGAAAUUAAAAAUUUUAAAAAAAAGUCAACAGUUUUAACAAGAUAAAAUGAAGAAAAAAAAAUGAAGCUUAGUGCAAAAGCUAGUCAUAUCGAAGAAAUCCCAAAAAUGUUCAUAACGCAAAGGCAGUAGAUACUAGUUUAUGUAAAGAAAAAAUAAAUAAAAAUAAAUGAAAAAAUAACACCAUGAUAGUAAUAGAAAUGAUAGUAAUAUAUUUUAUAUUAUGAAUGUACGCGCGCGCGGCUGAGAAAAAAUGUAAGCAGCAUUAUGCAAAAGAAAAUAUUUAAAAAAAACUAAUAAUAAUUAAAAAAUUACUUUGAAUUAUUAGAAAGAAAAAAAAACGUUUAAAGAGUUUUCUAAAAGAAGCAUGGUGUUGAGACAAAAAAGGCGAUAAAGGAGACAAAAGGUUUAUAAUAAAUGAAAAAAAUCUUACACACUAUGAAACUGGCAAAGAAUUUCUUUCGGUUUUUUUGGCAAACUAUUAUUCCCAUGGAAAAAAUUUAUAAUUAUUAAAAUAUGAAAGAGAAUUUUUCACAGUUUUUGAAGAAAAAUUUUAUUUUUUGAAUUCUUAAACAAAAUUCCAUACCAAAAUUUGCGUGUGUUCUGUACUACAACAGUUUAUUAAAGAAAAAAAAUCAAAAGAAAAAUGUUUUUUUUUAAAUAUUAUAUUUUAUUUUUAUUUAGUUAAUUUUUUUUUUGUCUAAUUUUAUAAGCUCCCAAUAUCUUCCCAUCACCACCACCCCUGUCUUACAUUUAUAAAUAUUUACAUUACAGAAUUUUCCCAAUAAUACUCAAUUUAUUAAUUAAUAUAAAAUAAUAUUGUAAUUUGUAAAUAGAAAUAUAUAUGUAUAUUUAGCUUCUGAGAAAAAAAAGAGAGAGAUAUGAAUGUUUAGAUUGAUAAAAACGGAAAAUGUUAACAGCACAAUAUUUUUGUGUAAAACACUCCAAGAAAGAAAAUAUGAUUUCACAGAGUGUUCCAGUCAAAGUGUUAUAAAAAU